AUGCUUUUCUUUUCUUCUUCUCUUUCUUUUUUAAUCAUCUUAAUUUUUUUUUCUUUCUUCUUCUUCUCUUCUUUCUUUCAUCUUCUCUUUAACAUUUUUCAAAUUUUUUCUUCUUCUCUUCUUCCCCUUUUCAUCAAUGGGUGGUUUUUCUUUUUUCUUCUUCUUCUUCCUUCUUUCAUCAAUAACCCCUUUCUUUUCCUAAAAAUAAAUCUUUUUCCCCUUCUUCUCUUCUGUUCUUGCUUUAUCAAUAAUAAUCUUUCCCUUCUUGGUCUUCUUCCAAUUCUUUCCAUCAAUAAUCUCCCCCCCUUCUUCUUCUUUCUUAUUUCCUGCUCAAUAAUCUUUUUUUCAGUCUUCUGUUUCUUCUCUAUCAAUAAUCUUUUUUCCCCUUCUCAUCUUCUUUUGGAUCCUAUCAAUAAUAAUCUUUUCCCUUCUCAGUCUUCUGUUCAAUCUUUCUUGGAUCCUAUCAAUAAUCUUUUCCCCUUCUCAGUCUUCUUCCAAUCUUUCUUGGAUCCUAUCAAUAAUAAUCUUUUCCCUUCUCAGUCUUCGUUUCUUGCUUGGAUCCUAUCAAUAAUAAUCUUUUUCCCCUUCUCAGUCUUCUGUCAAUCUUUCUUGGAUCCUAUCAAUAAUAAUCUUUUUCCCUUUUUUCUCAUCAAUAAUAAUCUUUUCCCUUCUCAGUCUUCUGUUCAAUCUUUAUUGGAUCCUAUCAAUAAUCUUUUCCCCUUCAGUCUUCUUCUUCUUCUUUCUUGGAUCCUAUCAAUAAUAAUCUUUUCCCCUUCUCAGUCUUCUCUUCAAUCUUGCUUGGAUCCUAUCAAUAAUAAUCUUUUUCCCCUUCUCAGUCUUCUGUUCCAAUCUUGCUUGGAUCCUAUCAAUAAUAACUCCAAACUUUUUUCCUUUCCCCUUCUCAGUCUUCCUUCUCAGUCUUCUUUUUGUUCAUCUUCUGUUCAAUCUUUCUUGGAUCCUAUCAAUAAUAAUCUUUUCCCUUCUCAGUCUUCUGUUCAAUCUUUCUUGGAUCCUAUCAAUAAUAAUCUUUUUUCCCUUCUCAGUCUUCUUCUGUUCAAUCUUCUUUGUCUUCUUCUUCUGUUCAAUCUUUCUUGGAUCCUAUCAAUAAUAAUCUUUUUUUCUCAGUCUUCUCAAUCUUCUGUUCAAUCUUUCUUUCUCAGUCCUCAAUCAAUCAAUCUUUUUCCCCUUCUUAGUCUUCUGUUCAAUCUUGCUUGGAUCCUAUCAAUAAUAAUCUUUUCCCCUUCUCAGUCUUCUGUUCAAUCUUUCUUGGAUCCUAUCAAUAAUAAUCUUUUUCCCCUUCUCAGUCUUCUGUUCAAUCUUGCUUGGAUCCUAUCAAUAAUAAUCUUUCCCCUUCUCAGUCUUCUGUUCAAUCUUUCUUGGAUCCUAUCAAUAAUAAUCUUUUUCCCUUCUCAGUCUUCUGUUCAAUCUUGCUUGGAUCCUAUCAAUAAUAAUCUUUUUUCCCCUUCUCAGUCUUCUGUUCAAUCUUCUUGGAUCCUAUCAAUAAUAAUCUUUUCCCCUUCUCAGUCUUCUGUUCAAUCUUGCUUGGAUCCUAUCAAUAAUAAUCUUUUUCCCCUUCUCAGUCUUCUGUUCAAUCUUGCUUGGAUCCUAUCAAUAAUAAUCUUUUUUCCCCCUUCUCAGUCUUCUGUUCAAUCUUUCUUGGAUCCUAUCAAUAAUAAUCUUUUUCCCCUUCUCCAGUCUUCUGUUCAAUCUUUCUUUCUGUUCAAUAAUAAUCUUGGAUCCUUCUCAGUCUUCUGUUCAAUCUUGCUUGGAUCCUUCUCUUUUUCCCUUCUCAGUCUUCUGUUCAAUCUUUCUUGGAUCCUAUCAAUAAUAAUCUUUUUUCCCUUCUCAGUCUGUUCUUGUCCAAUCUUCUUGGAUCCUAUCAAUCUAAUGUUCAAUUUUUGGAUCCCUUCUCAGUCUUCUGUUCAAUCUUUCUUGGAUCCUAUCAAUAAUAAUCUUUUUCCCCUUCUCAGUCUUCUGUUCAAUCUUUCUUGGAUCCUAUCAAUAAUAAUCUUUCCCCUUCUCAGUCUUCUGUUCAAUCUUGCUUUGGAUCCUAUCAAUAAUAAUCUUUUCCCCUUCUCAUCUUCUGUUCAAUCUUUCUUGGAUCCUAUCAAUAAUAAUCUUUUCCCUUCUCAGUCUUCUGUUCAAUCUUGCUUGGAUCCUAUCAAUAAUAAUCUUUUUUCCCCUUCUCAGUCUUCUGUUCAAUCUUUCUUGGAUCCUAUCAAUAAUAAUCUUUUUUUCCCUUCUCAGUCUUCUGUUCAAUCUUUCUUGGAUCCUAUCAAUAAUAAUCUUUUUCCCCUUCUCAGUCUUCUUCUUCUGUUCAAUCUUGCUUGGAUCCUAUCAAUAAUAAUCUUUUCCCCCUUCUCUCAAUCUUUCUUGGUCUUCUGUUCAGUCUUCUUUCUUUGGAUCCUAUCAAUAAUAAUCUUUUCCCCUUCUCAGUCUUCUGUUCAAUCUUCUUGGAUCCUAUCAAUCUUUUCCCCUUCUCAGUCUUCUGUUCAAUCCUUGGAUCCUAUCAAUAAUAAUCUUUUCCCUUCUCAGUCUUCUGUUCAAUCUUGCUUGGAUCCUAUCAAUAAUAAUCUUUUCCCCUUCUCAGUCUUCUGUUCAAUCUUGCUUGGAUCCUAUCAAUCUUUUCCCCUUCUCAGUCUUCUGUUCAAUCUUUUGGAUCCUAUCAAUAAUAAUCUUUUCCUUCUUCUUCUGUUCAAUCUUUCUUGGAUCCUAUCAAUAAUAAUCUUUUUCCCCUUUUCUUCUGUUCCUUUCUUGGAUCCUAUCAAUAAUAAGUCUUCUGUUCAAUCUUUCUUGGAUCCUAUCAAUAAUAAUCUUUUCCCCUUCUCAGUCUUCUGUUCAAUCUUCUUGGAUCCUAUCAAUAAUAAUCUUUUCCCCUUCUCAGUCUUCUUCUUCUGUUCUUCUUCUUUCUUGGAUCCUAUCAAUAAUAAUCUUUUUCCCUUCUCAGUCUUCUGUUCAAUCUUCUCUUGGAUCCUAUCAAUAAUAAUCUUUUCCCCCCUUCUUUUCUGUUCAAUCUUUCUUGGAUCUAUCAAUAAUAAUCUUUCCCUUUCCAGUCUUUUCAAUCUUUCUAUCAUCCUAUCAAUUUUCUUUUUCCCCUUCUCAGUCUUCUGUUUUCAAUCUUUCUUGGAUCCUAUCAAUAAUAAUCUUUUUCCCCUUCUCAGUCUUCUUCUUCUGUUCAAUCUUUCUUGGAUCCUAUCAAUAAUAAUCUUUUUCCCCCUUCUCAGUCUUCUGUUCAAUCUUUCUUGGAUCCUAUCAAUAAUAAUCUUUUCCCUUCUCAGUCUUCUGUUCAAUCUUUCUUGGAUCCUAUCAAUAAUAAUCUUUCUUUUCCCCUUCUUUCUUUCAUCAGUCUUCUUUCCCUUUCAAUCUUUCUUGGAUCCUAUCAAUAAUAAUCUUUCCCCUUCUCAGUCUUCUGUUCAAUCUUCUUGGAUCCUAUCAAUAAUAAUCUUUUCCCCUUCUCAGUCUUCUGUUCAAUCUUUCUUUCCUAUCAAUAAUAAUCUUUUUCCCCUUCUCAGUCUUCUGUUCAAUCUUUCUUGGAUCCUAUCAAUAAUAAUCUUUUCCCCCUUCUCUUCUUCUGUCCAAUCUUCUUGGAUCCUAUCAAUAAUAAUCUUUUCCCUUCUCAGUCUUCUGUUCAAUCUUCUUGGAUCUAUCAAUAAUAAUCUUUUCCCUUCUCAGUCUUCUGUUCAAUCUUCUUGGAUCCUAUCAAUAAUAAUCUUUUCCCCUUCUCAGUCUUCUGUUCAAUCUUUCUUGGAUCCUAUCAAUAAUAAUCUUUUCCCCUUUCAGUCUUCUGUUCAAUCUUUCUUUCCUAUCAAUAAUAAUCUUUUCCCCCUUCUCAGUCUUCUGUUCAAUCUUUCUUGGAUCCUAUCAAUAAUAAUCUUUUUCCUUCUCUCAGUCUUCUGUUCAAUCUUCUUGGAUCCUAUCAAUAAUAAUCUUUUCCCUUCUCAGUCUUCUCAAUCUUUCUUGGAUCUAUCAAUAAUAAUCUUUCCCCUUCUCAGUCUUCUGUUCAAUCUUUGGAUCCUAUCAAUAAUCUUUUUCCCCUUCUCAGUCUUCUGUUCAAUCUUUCUUUUCCUAUCAAUAAUAAUCUUUUCCCUUCUCACUUUUCUUUUUCCCCUUCUUAGUCUUCUUUCAUCAAUCUUUUUGGAUCUAUCUUCUUUUCUUAUUUUCUCAGUCUUCUGUUCAAUCUUUCUUGGAUCCUUCAUCAAUAAUCUUUUCCCUUCUCAGUCUUCUGUCAAUCUUCUUUCAUCAAUAAUCAAUAAUAAUCUUUUCCUUCUUCUUUCUUCUCUUCAAUCUUUCUUUUCUUCAAUAAUCCUUUUUUCCCAUCAAUAUCUUCUGUUCUUCUCUUUCUUGGAUCCUAUCAAUAAUAAUCUUUUCCCUUCUCUUCCUUCUUCUUUUCUUUUCUUUAUCUUAAUAAUCUUUUUUCAUCCCUUUUCAGUCUUCUGUUCAAUCUUCUUUCCUAUCAAUAAUCUUUUUCCCCUUCUCAGUCUUCAUUCAAUCUUUCUUGGAUCCUAUCAAUCUUUUCUUUCUUCUUCUUUCUUCCAUCCUUUUCUUCUUCUUCUCUUCUUCUUUCCAUCAAUAAUAAUCUUUUCCCUUUCUUCUUCUCUUCUUCUUUUCAUCAAUAAUCUUUUUUCUUCUUCUCAGUCUUCUUUUCAAUCUUUCUUGGAGCUUUUCUUUCUUCUCAUCUUCUGUUUUCCUAUCUUUCCCCUUUCUUCUUCUGUCAAUCUUUCUUGGAACCUUUCCUUUCUUUUCUCCCUUCUUUCUCAGUCUUCUUUUCAAUCUUGCUUGGAUCCUAUCAAUAAUCUUUUCUUUCUUCUUCUUCUUCUUCUUUUCUUUCUUCUUCUCUUCUUCUUUCAUCAAUUUUUCUUUCUUCUUCUCUCUUCUUCUUUCAAUCUUUCUUUCCUUUCAAUAAUCUUUUCCCCCUUCUCAAUAAUCUUUUCUUCUUCUGUCAAUCUUCUUGGAUCUUUCAUCAAUAAUCUUUUCCCCUUCUCUUCUUCUGUUUCAAUCUUUUUUCUUCCUAUCAAUAAUAAUCUUUCCCCCUUCUUAGUCUUCUCUUUCUUUUUCCUCUUCCUUCUUUUCUCAAUAAUCUUUCCUUUCUUCUUCUCUCCUAUCUUUCAUAAUCUUUUCUUUCUUCUUCUUUUCCUUCUUUCAUCAAUAAUCUUUCCCUUUCGUCUUUUUCUUUCAGUCUUCUCUUCAAUCUUUCUUGAAUUCAUCAAUAAUCUUUUCUUUCUUCUUCUCUUCUUUCUUUCAAUAAUAAUCUUUUUUUCUUCUUCUCUUCUAUCUUUUUUCUUCUCUUCUUUCUUUCAUUCUUUUCUUUCUUCUUCUCUUUUCUUUAUCAAUAAUCUUUUUCCCUUCUCAGUCUUCUUUCUUUCUUCUUGGAUCCUAUCAAUUUCUUUCCUUCUUUCAUCUUCUUUUCAAUCUUCUCUGGAUCCUUUCAUCAAUAAUCUUUUUUCCCUUUCUUCUUCUCUUUCUUCUUUAAUCUAUCAGCUUUUCUUUCUUCUUUCUUCUUUCUUUCAUCAUCUUCUGUUUCUUCUUGGAUCUUUUCUUUCUUCUAAUCUUCUUUCUUUCAUCAAUAAGCUUUUCUUUCUUCUUCUCUGGAUCCUUCAAUCAAUAAUCUUUUUUCCCUUUCUUCUUCUGUUUCUUUCUUUCAUCAAUAAUCUUUUCUUUCUUCUUCUCUUCAAUCUUCUUUCAUCAAUAAUCUUUUUUUUCUUCUCUUUCUUCUGUUCAAUCUUUCUUUCUUCUUCAAUCUUUUUCAUCCUUCUUUUCUUUCUUCUUUUCUUUCUUAUUCAAUCAAUAAUCCUUUUUCUUCUUCUCUUCCUUCUUUCAUCAAUAAUCUUUUCUUUCUUCUUCCUUCAAUAA